GUUGUUAGUUAUCCGCCCACAUACCCUUCUACUCCACCUCCGCAGUAGGGAACGUAGGGUGGUGAAGAGCUCACAUGACGGUUGAACCAUGACUCGAGAGCUCUAACGUAGAAGUGGUUUGUUUGGAUGGGGAACUGUAGACGUUAGUUUUGACACUUUACUAACUUGAUGGUGUAAUGAAAAAUAAGUGCUGCGAAAUGCAUUUAUAAAUCACGAAACUGCAAACUAAGCUGCAGUAUCCACUGUAUCUACUGGGAGUAGAUUGGUUUUGAACAGAAAUAUCCCACCAGAUGAUAAGGAAGAUAAAGUGCUGGACCAUCUAGACUGUGCUCAGGAUUAUUGGUAGAAGAUUUGAGUGAACUUCUGUCUACGCAAAUGCAGUCUACAUCUGGAAACCCACUGCUUCUAGCACACACUCUACAGGAUCUCCUUGAAAUGGACACUGUAAAAGUGGAGCUCAUUCCAGAGAAAAAAGGUCUGUUUCUCAAGCAUGUGGAGUAUGAGGUUUCCAGCCAGAGAUUGAAGUCCUCGGUGUACAGAAGAUUCAGUGAUUUUGUGGUCUUCCAUGAGGUUUUGCUCCAGAGGUUUCCAUAUAGGAUGGUGCCUGCUCUUCCUCCUAAAAAGGUGUUAGGAGCAGACAGAGAGUUCAUUGAAUCUAGACGCAGAGCUUUGAAGCGCUUUGUGAACUUGGUAGCUCGACACCCUUUCUUCAUGGAUGAUACAGUUGUGAAGAUCUUCCUUACAUUCAGUGGAUCGGAUUUGCAGACUAAGCUCCGCGAGUCUUUCAAAGGAAUAGGUGAUGAGUUCCUGACUUGUCCACUUGCAAAACAAGCUAAGGAUUACCUUCCUGCUGAUAUCCAAGGUCAGUUUGCUGCCAGCCGAGAGCUUAUCCGAAAUGUCUACAACAGUUUUUACAAACUGAGAGACCGGGCUGAGAGAAUGGCUUCGCGCUCUGUGGACAACGCUUCUGAUCUUUUGAUCUUUGGGAAGGAGCUAAGUGCCCUUGGAUCAGACUCCACACCCCUUCCACCCUGGACAUCUGUAGCCAAUAAUGCAUGGGUGGCAUUAAAGCAGGCACUGAAGGGUCUCUCUGUUGAGUUUGCACUACUUGCUGACAAAGCUGCACAACAGGGUAAAAGAGAAGCUGGUGAUGUCGUAGAGAAACUGAACCUUUUCCUGGACUUGCUGCAAUCAUACAAAGAUCUCUGUGAACGGCAUGAGAAGGGAAUUCUGAAUGAACACCAGCGUGCAUUGCAGAAGUACAGCCUGAUGAAGAGGCAGAUGAUGACUGCUGCAGUUCAGAGCAAGGAGGCUGUGUCAGUCGAACAGCUUGAGUCAAGGAUUGUUCAGCAAGAAAAUGCAAUCCAAACAAUGGAGCUUCGGAAUUACUUUUCUCUGUAUUGCUUGCACCAAGAGACCCAGCUGAUUCAUGUCUAUCUGCAGCUCACCUCUCAUAUUUUGGGUGCUUUUGUUAAUUCUCAAAUACAAGGCCAUAAGGAAAUGAGUGGAGUUUGGAAUGACCUAAAACCAAAACUUAACUGUCUGUCUGUAGGACCCAAUGGAAUGCCAUCUCCCCCUUUGACUCCACAGCAAGCAGACUGGCAGAACACUCCAGCCUCCUUCUUUUCCAGUUAAACAGGCCAUUAUUCUCAUAAUACAGUCAGAAGGACUAAUAAAAGAGGCAUAUCAAGGCUGUGUACAAAAGAGCAUAACGAGCCUUCGAACUACAAACUCACUCCUAGCCUUGUGAUUUUGGGUUCUGGCUGUGCAUUGGACUAAAGUCUGACCAAACUAACAUGACAUGAACAUUUUCUGCACAAAAAUGCAAGUAUUUUCAUCUGUCCUUAAUGUGACAGUAGUGUCUGUAAUUUACUAAGUGAUUUGAUCUGAUGUUGUCCCUUUUCUUUCUUCCUCACCGAUGGGUUCGGAUCCAACUCAGCUGCAUACAAAAGACUUUGGAUCCAAUUCUGGAGCUCCUCCAUCAGCCCAUAAUGCUGUAUUCUCUCCCUAACUCCUCAGAUCUCAUUAGUUGCCUUCGUGGUAGGACAGAGGUUCAUUUUCAAGCUUGUAAGCAAUAUUUUUUGUCUAGUAUUCUUUCAAAUUUUUGGCUAAAAUUUUUCCUCUUCUACUCUUAAGAGUUAAUAACUGCUUCUUCCCUCCCUUUGUAGCUGUCACUGGCGUCAGGGUUUUUAUUUUCUUGUUCUCCUGUAGUUUUUUUUCUGAUAUUCUUGGUACUAUUAUUGGUACUUUCCUUUUCAUUAUUCUUAUUCCUUUUUAGGUUUUUCUUUUCUUUCCUAGGCGCUGUCUCUCUCACUUUAUAUUUAUAUCUACAUAUCUGUGUAUGUGUAUGUGUGUGUGUGUGUAUAUAU